AUGCGUUCCGCUGUUAUAGCACGCACUGCAUUCCCCUCGCUCGUCUCUUCACCCUCCAACAUCACCCGGUCCUUUUCAACAGCAAAGCCCGACGAGCCUGAAAAGCCCCAAGACGAGUCCGACGAGACAGUACGCGGCAUUGCAGACCCAGGAACUGCACGCCAUGGAUAUGACCCAUUGAAGCCACGCAAGCCUCUGUCGCGCAUUGCAAUUGGCAGAGCCUUUGACGCAAAUAAGGCUGAACAACAGGCCACAAUUGGGUUUCUUAACUGGAAAGCCGCAGUCAUCUUCAUUGUGACAGGUGGUGGUCUUAUCUACUUUUUCAGACAAGAACGCGAACGUGUGGAAACAAAGCGUCUGGAAGAAUCUAACCGUGGCAUGGGCAAGCCUCUUGUCGGAGGACCGUUUGAACUUAUUGACCAAGACGGUAAGCCAUUUUCUGAUAAAGACUUGCUGGGCAAGUAUGCUUUGGUUUACUUUGGGUUCUCCCGAUGCCCAGACAUUUGUCCUGAUGAGUUGGAGAAAAUGGCCAAGAUUCUGGAUGAAAUUAACAAGGAUGAAAAACUUGUCACUCCGGUCUUCAUCACCUGUGACCCGUUCCGUGACUCACCUGAAGUCCUCAAGGAAUACUUGGCCGAGUUCCACCCUGACAUUAUUGGUUUGACUGGCACUUAUGACCAAAUUAAGGCCGUCUGCAAGGCCUACCGCGUCUACUUUUCUCUGCCGCCAGACCUUAAGCCUAACCAGGAAUAUCUCGUUGACCACAGUAUCUUUUUCUACUUUAUGGACCCAGAGGGCCAGUACCUUGACGUCUUUGGCAAGCAGUACAACUACGAAACUGCAGUCGAAAAAAUGCGCGAGCACAUGUCUGUGUGGAAAUCCAAGGCUGAGCGCGAGGCCGAGGGCAAGACCUUUUGGGGCAAGCUGUUUUCCUAG